AUGAAAGAGAUCAUCAAGCUCACAUACGGGUCUAACGAAGACGCAAAGCAGAACAUAGAUGAAGGCACAUUCAGGCUUCGGCAAAUGGAAGGUAGAUUGCUGUUCCUGCCCGAGCACUGGAACCUAAGCGUUAGGCCCUGGCAAUGUGUGGAGAUCAGACUAGACUCGCAGGAAGAAGAUACUGACUCAGACUCCGAAUAUGGUAGCUUGCACCCACCUGGUCGUUUUGGAGUGCCUCUAUCGCCUCCAAUUACUGCGGCUAAGCAGAAAACGGCCGAUGCACAGGCUACAAUGGAUUCGGCAAUGAUAGUAGUGAAGUACCGGAUCGAUUUCCACUCCAAAUCGCAAUACACUGGAGAACCGGAAAACUUCCUGUACAGCAAAACUUGGGACGCACCUGUAGUGAUUCAAAGUUCAAAUCUGAAUGGCGAGUCUGACCAUGUCCUUGAGGAAAUCCAUCACAUUAUCUUAGGAAAGUCGACAGGUGCCAAGAAGAAAGACGGUGGUAAUAUUUCCGAUUCAAGCCUUAUUCUGGGUCCUGGCGAUACUGUCCAACCAAAGAGGCUCCACAUCAGGUCCUCGCUCCUGCUCAACGCCUUACGAUCCCUUAUCAAAUACUCGUCGAAUGAUACUGAACCGCUAGUAGACGGUAUGUUUGCAUUCCCGUUCAAGGAGCUCUAUCACCACCGGGCAGAAUUACUUGAGUAUCAAAACGGUUCAAGCAGCGCGCGAGCGAACCACACUUUGGAAGACAAUGACAAAUGCGACCGUCAUAUUAGCGUCUUACUCGACUACCUGGACAAAGAACCUACUGUACAGCUUCAGUCAGUCAAGAACCUGUGGGCCCAAAAAGUGCCUACUACGACGUUUGCGGGUUUAUGGCUACUAUUGAAGCCUGGAUCUGACGUCUACAUCACAGAAUAUGGACAACUGAAUGCUUGUGUGUUGGAACUGGUAUGCGGUGGAAUGGAUUACAGUUCGCGGACGGUGAGAGCAAGUGACUACGAAAUUAAUGUGUGGUACCUUGUCUUCGACGGCAAGGUCAUCAAGAGGAAGUCAAAGGUCAUAAGCGUACCUGUGUUUGAUGGAGAACGCGAAAUAAUGUCCUUGCCCAUCUUUCCGACAUAUUUCCGGGACCAGCUGGAUGGGGGUAGUCUACGGCAUACGCUGAUCGAGAGAGGAGAGAAGUUCUUUUGCUAUGCGAAAGGGCCUACUUUUCUGGAAUACUCGGGGUCAGGAUUGAAACAGGGCACAAAAAAGGUCCGUAACAUGUAUUGCUGA